CUGUUGACAUUUGUUCUCUUCCACUCGUCCUCGGAAACACACAAUCGCGUUUUGCCGACACAAAAUCGCUUGUGCGAAGGAGAAAAAAGCCAUCCUUGUUCGGUAAUACUGAGGCUCUGUGAUACUUCUGGCCCCGUUCGUCAGCAUCUCGCAAAGGUUGGCCAAUCAGCCAAACAAGAAAGCGCAGCCAACCGAGUGUUGAUUGCCAGCUGCAGCACGGUACGUACGGCAUCGGGGGAACCGGGACGGAAGUUUUGGCCCAUCGUCGAACACCGCGUACCAAGCAGACACAACAGGGCAUGGUCAUGUCCGUACGGUGGUGCUGAAACACGGAGCUGGCAUCGAAAGGAACAUCGAGCGUGCGGAUUGUUUCAUCCGUUUCUACCGAAGAACGAGCUUAUCUAGCGAAACUCGAAACGGCCAUUCUCCAUUCGGUUGCAGCGUUGCAUAGCAGUUCAGCCUGUACCAGCCUGAACACGGGCGUGUGUUGUAAACAAUGGCCUCCCCGCUAGAGUAUUAUGUUAAUUUUGUCCGCACACAGAGUAGUGCAGGCAACUUUCGCGAGCUGGUGGCAUAUUUAAUCGAUUCGGUCGAGCUGGUGACGAAGAAUGGCAACAUUCUGGACAAUGUGAUGGAAACGUUAGAUAUUCAGCAGCACUCGUUGGGCUACCUGUUUGUGCUAUCGGCCAAGUUUAACGAUUCGAGUGUAAGCGGCAGAAAGAGUUUCUGUUUGUGCGAGAGCUUGCUAAUCCUCGGUAACUCUUCUCACCCACAGAAUGUCGACGACACAGAAAAUGUGCUACGCAGUGUGCGGGAAUUCAUCAGCUCCUGCGAUGCGGAACAGGUGCGAUUCGCACCGCAAGUUUAUUACGAGCUCUGCCACCAUCUGACGACGGCGCUGGUAAAAAACAAACAACACAUCAUCCAGGGUAUACAUGUGCUGGUGCUGGCGCUGGAGAAGAUACGGCUGCACAGCAACCAGCUAACACCCAUCCACGCCGACCUCUGUCAGCUGUGCCUGUGCGCGAAGGUGUUCAAUCCGGCGAUACGCCUGCUGGACUGCGACAUUGCCACGAUCGCCACCACCGACGAUAACUACGCGGACACGAAGUACUUCCUGCUGUACUACUACUACGGUGGCAUGAUCUACACGGCGGUGAAGAACUACGAGCGGGCGCUGUACUUUUUCGAGGUGGCCGUCUCGACGCCCGCCCUCGCGAUGUCGCACAUUAUGCUCGAAUCGUACAAGAAGUACAUCCUGGUGUCGCUCAUCCUGCACGGUAAGGUGCUACCCAUACCGAAGUACUCGUCGCAGGUGAUUACGCGGUUUAUGAAGCCGCUCAGCCACGCGUACCACGAUCUGUCCAGUGCGUACAACACCUCGUCACCGGACGAGGUGCGAAAUGUGGUGAACAAGUUCCGGGACACGUUCCAGCGGGACACGAACAUGGGCCUGGUGAAGCAGGUCGUCGCCUCGCUGUACAAGAAGAACAUCCAGCGAUUGACGAAAACGUUCCUGACGCUGUCGCUGGCCGAUGUGGCCAGCCGGGUGCAGCUGAGCGGGCCGGCCGAAGCGGAGACAUAUAUUCUCAAUAUGAUCAAAUCCGGCGAGAUAUUUGCCACGAUCAAUCAAAAGGAUGGCAUGGUCGUGUUUAAGGAUGAUCCCCAGGAGUACAACGACCAGGAUGUGUUCGAAAUGGUGCAGCAACAGAUAGGCUUAGUGAUGGGGCUGAACAAGCAAAUUCUUAAGAUGGACGAGGAGAUAAUGCUCAACCCAGUGUUUGUUAAAAAAUCGUUUGGCAACCAGGAAGACGAUGGGAUUGGUUGCAAUUCGAAGGUUUAUAGUAGUGAUCCAACGGAAUAAAUUGUUGAUUAUGUAAAAAAAAACACACACACAAAACCAAUCCCGACAUAAACGAGAUAAAUGGCUCCGAGCAGUAAGGAGGGCACAAGCAACGGCAGGAACAUGGAAAUGGUAUGGAUCCCAACGAAUCGAACUGAUAAACUUAAAACGGCCGAAAAUGAAGUCGCUGAAGCGGAACGAAGCAAGCGCAGGGAAAUGCGAUAACGCUUCUCACAGAGAGAAAACCCGCUUUUGGGGAGGGAGAAUUGUGACAAAACAAUUUCACCACCACCAUUUCAUUGAGCAAACAUUAAUUUCAAUUUUCCUUUAUCAUAACCGUUCAGUGGUUUCGACCUGAUGCAGGCACAAGACGUGAACAAGAGAGCGUAGUAAAACAACGGAAAGCUUCCCAUUGAAUUGUCGUCACCCUCUUUCCAUCUCUCUGUGAGGACAUUGGGUGGGUGAAAAAGUUUGCGACGAAAGGUUGGUUAAGCAGAAGCGAAGUAAAAUGAGUGUAAUAAAAGGGAGUAGCCGGAAGUGAGAAUGUGAAGCCUA